AUGAUCCAGAAGAGCUUGAUAUUCUUAGUGCUAACCGUAAUCUUAGGCACAAGUUUAAUUACAGCACAUCAAAAUCAUCAUGGGCAUCAACAUCAUCAUCACGAACACGACCACGAACAGCAACCAAGUUUCAAGUAUUCUCGACAAGCCAACGAAGAAAUUAAGGCUCAACAUAAUCAUCAUGCUAGUCAUGGACAUACUCAUGAGAAUAAUGGACAUACCCACGACAGUCAUGGACAUGCACAUGACAAUCACCAUCAUGAAGAAGAACAAAAACAAAUUCCAAAAGUGCAGUCAAAUACAGAUACAUUCAAUAUCUGGCUGCAUUCAUUGACUUCAACUUUAUUGAUUAGUGCUGCGCCAUUCUUCAUUCUGUACUUAGUUCCACUCGAUAAUACAGAAGACAUGCAACCAAGGCUUAAAACUUUACUGGCAUUUGCAAGUGGUGGACUUUUAGGUGAUGCAUUUUUGCAUCUUAUUCCACAUGCUGUAGCUCCACAUGAUCACUCGCAUUCUCAUACUGAACACGUUCACAGUCAUGAAAGUCAUUCAGGUCACGAACAUUCGCAUGAACAUGGACAUGAUAUGUUUAUUGGGCUAUGGGUACUUGCUGGAAUUAUAACAUUCUUGACUGUUGAGAAAAUUGUUCGCAUAUUAAAAAUUGGUCAUGAUCAUCAUGGACAUAGUCAUUCAGGAGGUGAAAAUAAGAAAAAGGAAUCAGAGAAGAAAGAAUUAACUAAGAAAAAGGAAGGCGAUAAGAAGGGUGAAAAAGACAAUAAGAAGAAGGAGAAGGAGAGUGCUGAAACAACUAUGGAAGUAGCUGGAUAUUUGAAUUUAGCUGCUGAUUUUACACAUAAUUUUACUGAUGGCUUAGCUAUUGGUGCCUCAUAUCUUGCUGGAAAUAGCAUUGGAAUUGUGACAACGAUUACAAUUUUAUUACACGAAGUUCCACAUGAAAUUGGUGAUUUUGCUAUUCUUAUCAAGUCUGGAUGUUCUAAAAAGAAGGCAAUGCUUCUUCAAUUAACAACAGCGCUUGGUGCUUUAGCUGGAAAUGUUCUUGCAUUGCUUGGUACUUCAGAAGAAUCUUCACCAUGGAUUCUUCCAUUCACAGCAGGAGGAUUUAUCUAUAUUGCUACAGUUAGUGUCAUUCCAGAACUUCUCGAACAAAAUACUAAAUUGUGGCAGUCAUUAAAGGAGAUUUUUGCUCUAUUGCUAGGAGUCUUAAUGAUGGUUCUCAUUACUGCAAUUGAGUAA